CAGCGCGCGCGUGCGAGCGGCCAGCCGGCUGCAUGGCGCGCUGCGAGCGGCUGCGCGGCGCGGCCCUGCGCGACGUGCUGGGCCAGGCGCAGGGCGUCUUGUUCGACUGCGACGGGGUGCUGUGGAACGGCGAGCGCAUCGUUCCGGGUGCCCCUGAGCUGCUGCAGCGGCUGGCGCAGGCGGGCAAGGCCACGCUGUUCGUGAGCAACAACAGCCGGCGCGCGCGGCCCGAGCUGGCGCUGCGCUUCGCCCGCCUGGGUUUCACGGGGCUGCGCGCCGAGGAGCUCUUCAGCUCCGCGGUGUGUGCCGCCCGCCUCCUGCGCCAGCGCCUGCCCGGGCCUCCCGACGCACCGGGCGCCGUGUUCGUGCUGGGUGGCGAGGGGCUGCGCGCCGAGCUGCGUGCCGCGGGGCUGCGCCUGGCGGGAGACCCCGGCGACGACCCGCGCGUGCGCGCUGUGCUCGUAGGCUACGACGAGCAUUUUUCCUUCGCCAAGUUGACCGAGGCGUGCGCGCACCUGCGCGACCCCGACUGCCUGCUAGUGGCCACAGAUCGCGACCCUUGGCACCCACUCACCGACGGAAGCCGGACCCCCGGUACCGGAAGCCUGGCUGCUGCAGUGGAGACAGCCUCAGGACGCCAGGCCCUGGUGGUAGGCAAGCCCAGCCCUUACAUGUUCCAGUGCAUCACAGAAGACUUCAGUGUGGACCCUGCCCGCAUGCUGAUGGUGGGAGACCGCCUGGAGACCGACAUACUCUUUGGCCACCGCUGCGGCAUGACCACCGUGCUCACGCUCACGGGUGUCUCAAGCCUCGAAGAAGCCCAGGCUUACCUGGCGGCUGGCCAGCAUGACCUUGUGCCUCACUACUAUGUGGAGAGCAUUGCAGACUUGAUGGAGGGGCUGGAGGACUGAGUCCACCUCCCCAGUUCCCUGAUCCCGUAGAUGGAGGCUACAGGCCAUGAGUCACACCCAGUACCAUGAGCCUCCUGGCGUGGGUGUCUGUAUACCAGUGAAGGGAGGCUGGGGUGCAGGAAGGUUUGUGGGCUCUCACACCCCUCCCAGCUGUGCCUGGACACUCUGCUCUUCAGAAGCUGUCCCCCACAUCUUGAAGGUUCACCCUGGCCUGACCCCACCAGGUGGCCUUGUUUCCUGCCCUGUCCACCUCCUCUCCUUGGGUUCCGAAGCCAAAUGCAGAUUUUUUUUUUUCCAACCUGGAGUACCUAAGCUCCUCCCGUUCUCUGGGACCUCUAGUGCUCUGUCCCUAGGUUCUUGUUGACCAAUCAGGUCCAGGGAUCUCCAGCCCAUUCCUGGCCUGCAUAGGCCUGUGGAAGGAAAACUGCUGGCUUAUUAGUGUCUCAGAGUGAGCCUUCAGUGGACCAAGUAGGAACUUAAAGAAUGCCUUGUGUAUCCUGGAGCCCCAGAGCACCAGUCAGAGGCUGAGUGUCCAUUAGGACAACAAUUAACGGCCACCGUGCUCACGCUCUCUGACCUCUUAGAUCCCAAACAGAACAAUCUACAAGUCCAGGAGACUUGUGCCCUUUUGACAAUCCUGGCCUGACUGGACCAACCAAGCAACCAGGUCCUGGCAGCAUAGGGUGAUGAAUCCCUGUAUGGAUACCACUUGGGAGGCUGAGGCAGGAGGGUUGCUAUGAGUCUGGUGACCUGGGUUGCAGAGUCAGACCUCAUCUCAGAGGGUCAACUUUGAAGUCACCCCCCUCCACAGACUGCCCGGUGGGCUCCUCUGUUGGCCUGGGGUGAUAUGGAGAAGUCCCCCCUCCCACCAUAGUACCGUCCAGUGUUGAUGGCUUUUACAGCUUGGAGGGGACCCUCAAGUCCCCGCCUGCAGUCAGUGUUUGCAGCUCCACCUCUCCACCUGCCCAUUCCCAGCUAUUUAUUUAUUUAUUGUGUGCCAGUGAAGGUGGGGGCAGGGCGGGACCGUCCCACCCCCUCCGCCUGUUGUGAACUUAAUAAAAUGUGAACGGAAGUGUC